AUGGCUGUUGGUGAUAAUGUAUUAUGCCAAUGUAAACGGAAAAUGAUAAGAAAGACUAAAAAAGAAAGCAAAAAAUUUCGCCGAGUUGCAUAUAAUUCUCAUAGAAGGGUUGAUGAUAUCAUUAUGGAAGAGAAAAAUCCCAUGAGUGGCCAGAAAAAUGACGUUGUUGAAAUGGUACAAACCAAGAAAAAGAAUGUCAAAAGACGUAGAAAGAAAAGUAUGAAACGACAGCGAGAAGAACUUAUAAGAGGCAUUGAUGAAGAUGACAUGGAAAUUCAUCGCUAUGAACGAAUCCUCGGUUAUAAUAAACGGAAAAGCAAAAACAUGCCGAAAGUAUUCCGCACCGAAGGAUUGGAUUAUCUUCUCGAAAUAUGUGAUUCAAAGCCACUACAAUAUAGCAAUAUUGACGGAGACAAUUGUCCUAAUAUGUAUAAUAGUGGAAUGUUAAGUGAUGAAGAGAGCAAAGACAGCAGUGGAAGUAUGCAUGAAAAUAGUGCUUUAACGUGCACUCCGAAAAGAGAUUUGCCAGCAUCUACAGAAAUUCAGAAGAAUAGUGUUACUGAAAUCGAUGAGAACAAAGAGGAUGAAAAAAAUGCUGGCACGAGUUCGGAAGAAGAUAUUUAUGGUCGUCUCAUUAAUAAGAAAACAGGGCAAUUUUUAUCUUCAAAAUCAUGUGCUAAAGAGAAGCUCAAUGAACUGGAACAGAAAGCUGGGCUUUUAGAGACAGAAGAACAUGUAAAAUUAAAAAAGUCUUUGCGAGGUCUGAUCAACCGACUGAAUGAACAUACAUUGGUGGGUGCUGUAAAAGUGUUCUCCGAUAUAUUUGCUCGCAAAGGACAUAAUGAAGUAAAGCAGUUGCUUUUUUUUGAAAUUACAAAUAGUGUUGAUGUGGGUUAUCGCUUGCCGGAUCGUCUCAUCAUUGAAUAUGCAGUAUUUAUUGCUCUUAUUCAUACAACAGUUUCUGUAGAAGUUUCAGCAUAUUUUGUCGAGAAUUACAUUGUGAAACUUUUGGAAACAGUUGCUGCAUUGCCAGAGGGUAAAUCUCUUGAAAACCUCACCGUUUUGCUUGCUGAGCUGUAUAAUUUUAAGGUCAUCAAAGUUAUCAUGAUUACUGAAAUUAUGCAGUACUUGCGAGAACAGAUCAAUGACAAAUGUUUUACCUGUUUCAAAGCUCUUUUAAGUUAUUGUGGUAAUACUAUGAGGAGCAGAGAUAUGGAUGCUUUGCAAAAGUGCAUAACAGAAACACAGUCAUUCUUCUUGCAUCUUCCAGAAACAUCUCUAAGAACAUGCCAAUUGCGCUAUAUUGUGGAUGAAAUCAACGCAAUAAAGAAUACGAAUGUUCGUAAAUUUACGGAUAUAGUAGAUUCUGCAAUGCAUUCUCAUUACGUGAAUAUUUUCCGCGGAUUAACAAGAAAAUUGGACAAGGAAAAAGAGUUGCCAAUGAGUGUAGAUGACAUAAUGCACAUAGACGAACGUGGACGUUGGUGGCUUGUUGGUUCAGCCUGGUUUCCAACUGCUUCAGUGCCGGUAAACAAAACUGAUGAGAAAUUCAUUGGACAAACUUUAAAAUUCAGUGCAUCUUUACUGCAACUUGCGAAAAGAGCCAAAAUGAAUACAGCGAUUAGGCGUGACAUUUUUUGCACUAUCAUGUCUUCAACGAAUGAAAUGGAUGCAUUUGAGAAACUGCUGAGACUUUCUUUCAAGGGACAGCAGGAAAGGGAAAUAGUGCACAUCUGUGUUCAUUGCGCGUUACUAGAGACUACUUAUAAUGCAUUUUAUGCUGCUAUUAUCGAUCGUCUGUGCUGUUAUCACAAACGUUUCAAGCUUACUACACAGUACGCAUUGUGGGAUCGGAUCAAAGUUUUAUCACAGAUAAGUGAAUUGCAGCGUGAAAAUUUAGCAUUGCUUAUCAUUGAUCUAAUGAUUAAACGAUCAAUUGGGAUUACCUUACUAAAGAUAAUCGAAUUUGGUGUCAUUGAUAAAAUAACAACUCAGUUCGUGCGAGGCAUUUUAUCGACUGUGCUGGUUCGAAGUACGCAUCAGGCCUUAUUGGAGAUGUUCCAGCAUGUAGUCAAUUCACCACAACACAAGUUUUUUGCAGAUGGCCUUCAAGUGUUUAUUCAUAUGGCUUUAAAAAAACCUCAGAAAAAUAUUGAUAACAAAUUGCUUAUGUCAAAAAUUGAGUUUAUUGAGAGUAUUUGGGAUAGUAAUCCUCUUUGA